AUGAGCACCCCGACGUGCGCGCCGGCCUCCGAGGCAGGGUUGCCCCCGGCCCCGACCCCGGCGACCCCAGCCCCUGCCCUGGGCCCCGCGGGACCCCUGCACACCUUGGCACUGGCCACUGGAGGAGCUGGCAGCUCCUGGCACCGAUGCAUCUUCCCCUUCGGCGCCGUGUCCACGCUAGUCGGCGCGGCUGCCACGGGCAUCACCUUCUCGCUACGGGGACCCCGCCUGGACCUCGCCCAGGGGGUGUCAGUGGCCGCGCUUGGCUCCGGCCUUGGCCUCCUGACCGCAGCCUUCCUGUGCUGGCGGGCCCGCCGAGGGCGGAGGAGACAGCGGGAGCGGGACGAGGAGCCCCGGACGCCCUGA